UAAUGAAGAAGCUGAAGCCGCAAUUCAAAAUUUGAAUGACCAAGAAUUCGAUGGACGAACUAUUAAGGUUGACCGUGCUUCGGAACGUUCUUCAUCUUCCUCCUCUUCGCGAGGACCCGGUG